CAACAGUCCCAGCCGCCGUCCCGCCCGCCAGCGACACUGCGAGGGAGCGCGCACCCGCCGAGCGCACCGCGGAGCAACGCCUGCAGCUGACCCGCGCCAUGUUUCAGCCCGCCGAUCACCCGCAAGAGUGGGCCAUGGAGGGCCCCCGCGACGGGCUGAAGAAGGAGCGGCUGCUGGACGACCGCCACGACAGCGGCCUGGACUCCAUGAAGGACGAGGAAUACGAGCAGAUGGUCAAAGAGCUGCGCGAGAUCCGCCUCGAGCCACAAGAGGUGACGCACGGCCCGGAGCCCUGGAAGCAGCAGCUCACCGAGGACGGAGACUCGUUCCUGCACUUAGCCAUCAUCCACGAAGAGAAGGCGCUGACUAUGGAAGUGAUCCGCCAGGUGAAGGGAGACUUGGCCUUCCUCAACUUCCAGAACAACCUGCAUCAGACUCCACUCCACUUGGCUGUGAUCACCAACCAGCCAGAUAUUGCUCAGGUUCUUCUGGGAGCUGGCUGUGAUCCUGAGCUGCGAGACUUUCGAGGAAAUACCCCCCUACACCUUGCCUGUGAGCAGGGCUGCCUGGCCAGUGUAGGAGUCCUGACACAGACCUGCCCAGCCCAGCACCUCCACGCCAUCCUGCAGGCCACCAACUACAACGGUCACACAUGUCUACACUUGGCCUCUAUCCACGGUUAUCUGGGCAUCGUGGAGCAUUUGGUGUCUUUGGGUGCUGACGUGAAUGCACAGGAGCCCUGUAAUGGCCGGACUGCCCUCCACCUUGCAGUGGACCUGCAGAAUCCUGACUUGGUGUCACUCUUGUUGAAGUGUGGGGCUGAUGUGGAGGUGGAGGUGUGGGAGCCCUCACCACAGCCAGCUGCGGAACCCUUUCGGAGAGGAGCUUCUCACGCUGUGUACCAGCCUCCUGGCCCAGUGCGUGGGAGUUUGUUGAAAGAGCAAUAG